UGUGCUCUUCGGGCUGCACUACUUUCGAUCUGCACUUAAAAUAAAAUGAUUAUACCCUGCUAUUAGAUGUUGAAAAGAAGAAGAUGAAGACUAUAUCACGCUAACAAAAAUCAAUCUGCUCCGAUUUACUUUUGAUCUUAUUUUCAAAGUUUAUGCGAAAAAAAAAAAGAUAUAAGAUGGCCCAUUUUCGAAAUUACCACGCACUCGCUUUUCGUUAAUUCUAGGACACCCUGUAUGCUGUAACUUAAAAAGAAAGAGAGACGACGAGAGGGAGAGAGAGAAAGAGAGAGAAGGGAAACAGCGAAAGUGCAGCCGAAACGAAGAGAGGCCGAGACUCAGAAAGACUCGAGUGGACUCGGGGUUCUCGUGCGACGUGCGACAGUUUGCGGCAGCUAUCAGCGGUUAUGGACUAAUCAUCGGUCGCUCUCGCGGUAUUGCGGGCAGCGCUCCGUUUUUUUUUCCGUUUUUCCUUAUUUUCAGUUGUAUCCGCGCAAGUGUUUUUUGCUCGAUCGAAUUUCCCGGAGUUUUCGUGCAUGCCAAUCCGAUCGGGGAUCCGCGACGCGAUAUGGCCGCGUUCGAUCUUCUAUGCUCCUCGCUGCCGUUCGUAUUGAUAGUCACGUUAUUCGUUGCAACGCUAACCUCGUCUAUCAACGCUGUAACAGCCAGCACGUCCUCGGAACCGUCGAUGCCCAGUCGUGGUUCUCCAACCGAACCACUGUCGUACUCGACGUCGACGGUCGAGCCUCUCAAUGUAACGGGUGACAAGGAAGUGUCGCCGUAUUCUAGUGUAGCAGAAGGAGGACCUAUAAUAACGUCUCAACAUGGAAGCACUACAGUUGAAUCCAAUGAAGCCAGAACAAGGGAGAAUGCACCUAAGGAAAGACAUGCUACUCCUUCUGUAGUUGCAAGGAAAGGAGUUGAUAAAAUAAAACCGAGGAAGGGAGUUACAGAAAUUUCACAGAUAACACCUACAAAAGUUAUAUAUCAAUAUAUGGAUCCAGAGAAGGAGAAUGUAUUAUUUAAUCAGACCACUUUUGAAAAUAUGAAAAUACCAACAAUGAAAAGUAGUCCUGCGAUAGAAACAGCUCAUAUCAAAUCUAAAACUUCCAACGUUCACAUCCCGAAAUUAAGUACGAAUAAUCCACGCUCUGAUGAUAGCUUAAAUCACCGUAUAACCUCCAAUUACUCUAAUACAAGUAUAAAUGAAACUACAGCUCACCUAGACAUUAUGAAUAAUAUGACAACGAAGAUAUCUAUGCAUGUUGAAAAGCACAUACCGAAGCCUAAACCAACAGUAACGACUGUUGAUGGGCCAGAAAUUAAUGAAUCUAUACCGCUCUCACGAACAAAAAAUCCUCCACUAGGUAUGCCAAGAAAAAUCGACUACAUUGUGCCAGUCAUUAUAACAAUUGUCGCUUUACCGAUAUUAGGUGCUGCGAUUUUCAUAUUAUAUAGGCGCGGUCGAGAUUGCUGGGAUAAGAGGCACUAUCGAAGGAUGGAUUUUUUGAUUGACGGAAUGUACAAUGACUGAGACUCGUAUGAGAAGUCUGUUCCAUGAGAUUAAAUACACGUUAUGCAAGAGGCAAUCAAUCGUUAUAUUUCUGCGUUCUUCCAAAUUUUACAUCGUUAAUUUAUUAAUCGGCUAUUUUAAGAGAAUAUAAGGUAAUUCAGGGGAAGAUGUCACUUUAUUUAUAUUUUAUAGAAUAGUAUAUAUUAGCCAUUCUGACUGCGUAGAAGUAUGUAGUAGACAAUGGGUAAAAAAAGCGCAAUUAUCAAAAAAGUUCAUGCCGACAUUGAAAAUUUCAUUGGCAUUGAAAAAUAUUUAAUAAAACAUGAAAAGGUAGAUCAUAAAAUAUUUUUUUAUAAUAUUUAGUACGCUAGCAGAUAAGGUUGCAUGUUUCUAUGUUUACUGUACAAUCGAACAAAUGAUAUAAAUAUGAUUUUGAUCGGUAUUUCGUGGUAGUCGUGUGGCUGAUAUAUAUAAUAAUUUGUAAUAUUCUUAUAUGCGUAAAAGUUACAAUUUGCCAUAUUCCUCUUACACUUGAGAGGAAGAUAACAGUAAAAAAAAAAAA